UCAAAGUUAUAAAAAAAAAAACAAAAAGAUUUUGGUAUCACUUAACAAAAUCCAUCUAAAAUUUUGUUACCUUGAAAAUUUUGACUUUUGGUACUUUGAAAAUGACCCAUAUUGAUUUUUGGUAUCCAUCUAAAAUUUUAUCUUAUUUUGGUACUCAUCAAAGUUAUAAAAAAAAAAAAAAGAUUUUGGUAUCACUUAACAAAAUCCAUUACGGUUUUGUUAAGUGGGGCCCAUUAUUUUAUUAUUUAAUGAUUUAAUUUAUUAAAAAAUUUAAAAACUUAAAAAAAAAAUCCCAACCACUCCCCUUUCGCCGGCCACCGACCCCCUCCCUGUCAGCCACCCCUCUUAGUGCCGGUUGUCGGUGCAUACAAUCCCUCGGGCCUCGGCGCUAGCAACCCCAACCCCUCCCAUUCCCCCACCAAUUCUGCCCACCACCCUCUCCUUUCCUACUUUCGGUUGCCCCCACCUCGACAUCACCCUCCCCUUUCCUCUAACCAGAAAACGACCCUCUCCCCUUCCCCCUUGAAUCGACCCCCUGUCCCCACCCAAAAACCGACACCUCACCGGAAAUAGGUAAUCGAAACCCUAAAACCCGUUUAGGUUUAAGGGUGUUGGUUUUUUGGUGGGGAAAGGGAUCGUUUUUCGAUUGGGGGAAGGGUGGCUGACAGGCAAGGGGAGGUGUCUGACGAGGAGGGGGGUGGCCAGGAUAUAGGAUUUUUUUUUUUUAAAUAAUGAGAUAAUUGUCCCACUUAAUAGAAGCCUAACAGAUUUCGUUAAGUGGUGCUAAAAUCUAUAAUUUUUAACUUUGAUGAGUAACAAAAUAAAAAUUUAGACGAUAAAAAGUAAAAAAAAAAAAAAAGUCAAAAUUUCCAUCAAAAAACAAGCUUGUAUUUUUUUCCGAAAGAAAUACACCCAAAUUAAGGAAGAAGAAGAAGUCUGUAUGUAGCCUAAAGGAGGAAACUUGAAAAGCAGCAGCAGCAGUAGCAAACGCAAACCAAUCAAUAAACAGAUACAAAAAAAGGUUAUUGCUUUGCAGAUUUUUGCUUCAAUCUUUAAAGAUUAAGCAAUGAAGGAGGUGAUACUUGGUUUACCUGGACCUUGGGCCGAUGAUAAUCUAGAGAUUGCUGAUCAUUAUACUACAAAAAUUGGAGGUUAUCCUGACUGGCCUUUCCCUGAGUCAUUGUUAGGAACGGAUUUCCUCGAGUGUGGUUCGUGUAAAAGUAAAUUGUGCCUAAUUUCACAGGUAUAUGCACCAAUUCAUGAUUCAGCUCUGAAGAUUGAAGAGCGUGUGAUAUAUGUAUUUGGCUGCCUGAAUUCACCGUGUGGAAGCUGGCGUGCUAUUCGUGUUCAGAAACCUAGCAGCUGUGGGGAACCAGAACUUGUUGGCUCAGAAGCAGGUCCUUCCAUUGUGUCAUCUUCAGCUUCUGAAAGUAAGGAUUCAGAUGAUGAUAUGAGCCUGGAGGAAUUGAGUAAGGCUCUUUUUGAAGCUGCAAGCCUAGCUUCAAAGCGUACUAAACAAAAAGGAAAGAGAAAAACCAAGACUAAUUCAAAACCUCUUUCAUUAAAGCCGGAUCAUAGAAAAGUUGACUCCGGUACUAUUGUGCUGCCUUGCUUCUAUAUUUACAGUCAAGAGGAUAAAUCAUCUCAGGAUCCAUCAGCUGUUAGUUCAAAUUAUUCUUCACUUUCAGUCAAGGAAGCACAAGAUUAUGAGGACAAUACUGAUCCAAUACAGGAAGAAACCUGGGAAGAGGAAGGCUAUGAGUAUGACCGAGCUUUAAAUGCAGAUAGGAUCUACCUGAAGUUCAAGAAAAGACUGGACAAAUGCCCCGAGCAAUGUUUCAGGUAUUCCUUUGGGGGAAAACCACUGUUGGCUAGUGGAGAUGUGACUGAGCCUACUACAUGUGGCCUUUGCGGUGAACCAAGACAUCAUGAGUUGCAGUUUAUGUCUCCGUUAGUAUAUUUUCUACAAGGAGGAGCUACUGGGGGACAAAAAGAUUUAUUGGAGAAUUGGAAUUGGAUGACGCUUAUUGUAUAUACAUGUUCAAAGAGCUGCUUUCAGAAGGUGGAUUCUGCAACGCCCAAUUGGGAUGGGUGGACUGUGGCAGAGGAGACUGUUAUAGCACAAUUUGAGAAGCCUUUGACUGAAUCGUCUCACCUAGGUUAUCUCUCUUAAUUUAUAGUAUACUUUAUUUCUCAUUUUUCCCUAUUUCUUUAUUUUCAUAGUUUUGGAAUCUGAACUUGUACAUUUGUUAUUGUUGUUUGUCAAUCAACAGCGAUCAUAGUCCUUUUACCCCAAAUGUCUUUCUUUAUUGUCUCCUAGCAAUAUGCAUAUCAAGCAAUGUCACAGCUGCACUAGUACUUGCUUGGAAGUUGAUCUCUGA